GGGCCUGCAGCCAGAGGCCAGUGUGUCCGCUGAGCAAGGGGAGGGUGGCGGGAAGGGUCAGCCCAGGUGGCAAAACACUGGCGUGAUGGACACCUCGGGGGCGUCUGAGGGGAGAGUGACUCCAUUUGGUCCAGAAUGACUCGGAGAGCCAAGGGUGUGCCGAGUGUCCAGGGAGAGAGCCAGGGCUUUGAUCGGGUGGGGCAGUGGGGCAGGCUCAGGGCUGGGGGUUUGGAGGUGUGCCGAGGUGAGAGGGGCUUCCAGCUGGGCGAGUGUUGGGGUCAUUCACAGAGGUGGGAGGGGGUUCCAGGUGGCCGCUGGGUGGAGCUCCCGGAGAGGGCUGAGCUGAGGCUGUCGGUGUUGCAGUCAUCUUUGGGUGGUAUUUUGAAAGCUGGGUUUCCAAAUGCAGCAAAGCAGAGCAGCCCCAGCACAGCCCUGGGGCUUGCCGACGUCCACCUGGGGAUGACCUGUGGGGGUAGCCGGCAAGGAGCCUGGAGCAGCGGGCGUGAGGCAGCCACACGCGUGUGCAUUCGUGCGUACCCUCCCGGCAGCUGGGCGUCUACAUCACCCCUGCUGGCCCCGCUUGCGUCUGGGAGAGCACGCCCCCCGCCCCGCCCUCCGCGGGGGCUGUCCAUCCACCGCACAGAAGUUCCUAGCGGGGCUGGAGUGCUCGCAGGGAACAGGCCUACAUCAUCCUGGCCCCUAGCCGCGUGCUUUGGGGGCAGCAUCGGCAUCUGCUCCAGCUUCUCGUCCCUCCUGGAGCAGAUCCUCUGCGUGAACGGACACUCCAGCACGGGUGCCGGCCCUGCCCUGGGGGCCCCGCGGCAGGACGGAGCUUUGGGGGCCUGUCACCCCACAGGCUCUCUUCUGCCGCUGCUCUCCCGCUGGUGGCUGUGGAAUGGCCCACGACCUCCCCAGGCGCUGGGUUUCCACACUUGGACGGGGUGAUGUGGGCGCUACUGAGAUGCUGUGUGAAAAUUUGUGUCUGCAGACAGCGGGGUGGUGGCCGUGGGGAGGGGGUGCUGGCAGAGCCCAAGUGUGUUCCACUGGGAUUUCGUGUGGCGCUUUCCGCCAUGCCCCAGCCACCCCAGCCCUGGGGGACCCGCUGAUAUUGGAGAUGCAGAGGAGGGGGCCUUGCUCUGCUCAUAGCACCUCUGGCCGCGCCCUCCACUGUCUGCAUCAGCCCUGGGUGUGGGGUUCGGGCCUCUCGUGUUCCCAGCUUUUCAGGGGUGGCCGGCACUGAGGGGUGUCUGCAGUAGGCAGGCCCUUUCUCUAGCAAUUGUUGAGCUCCUGGCUGGGGGUAGCGCAGGGAAAUGGCGCCUCCGGGGAGGACACCUCUUCCCCCAGCCAGCGGUGCAGCCAUGCCUUCCGUGCCAUCCUGCCUGGGCCUCAGGCUCCGUUCAGUGACCCUGCCGUGGGCUCCCCGGUGACGGCGUACAUCCUAAGGGUGAGGGCCUCCUCCUGGCCCCAGGUGACAGGGUGCCCCCGCCUCCUCUCCUCCUCCAGGAAUUUG